AUGUCGCUUCCCAUCGAAAAGGUCGUUGUGGACGUAAAUUCAAACACGAAUCGGUUGCUGAGCGGCUGCGCAACGUGCCAAAGCGAGACCGACUACGUUUCGCGGGGUAUAUUCGUCAAGUACAAGAGCAACAUCAGGACACCCCUCACGGAGGCCAACAAGUCCCAUGUCCAUGCAACCAACGCGGACUUGUUCAGCUUUGAGGACAUGAUGAACGUCGUUCAUGUGGACGAGAAGUGGUUCUUUGGCACGAAAGUCAAAAACGGAUUUAAUUGUGGGGAGUACGGGGGCAAGAAGAAGAGAAGCGUCCCAGUUGAAUGGACAGCGUCUUCGAGCUCCUUGAUUCAAAUACGGCAGAACACGCUCCAAAAUAGUGCUGUGGAAGAUCUCGCGGUCGAAGAAAAGACUGCCAGUGCUGACACACGUCGCCCACGUGAAAAUGGGAGCUCCACAAUCGCGCGUGUGUUCCUUUUCGACCACGCGUACUUCCUGAUGGAGUCUCGCCCAUCUCUAGACGUCUCGUCCACAAAGAUCAGCUGA